GAGGUGAAAGCCAACGCCCCACCACAGAAGGAAAGAUUGUGUUGGCUGUAAAAUAUUCAGACUCCGUGGCUGUCCAUUUCGCCCGCCUACUCCUGAUUACUUCUCCGUGUUCACUUCACUCCAGAGUAUCUUAUCGCGUCUUAAGCGUUUAUUUCCUCCAUAUUGGACUGCAAAUAGACAUAUAUAGUAAUUAAAACACCUCGGGACUUCGGGGCAUUUUCCACAGAUUCUCCAGACAGGUUAUUUCAGCCUACAUAUCUUACUGUAGUCUCCUGUUGCUAGGGACUGGAACCUGGUUAUUAAAAUGGCAGAUACUGAAGCAAGUCCAACCUGUGUGGACAAACUGAAGGCUUAUGUACGGACUCGGAAAGGGACCAUACUGGCUGUGGAAAUACUCCUGAGCUUUAUCAUCAUCAUCUGUUACGCAGCAUCAGCAUAUGGCGGAUAUUCAGCAGUGGCUAUUUGUGAGAUGGUCUUUGCCAUCGUCUUCUUCGUCAUCUUCAUGAUGCAGUUGGAUAAGCAGUUCCUGGUUGUCAACUGGCUUUGGAGUGAUUUGUUCCGUGCCGGGAUUGGUGCACUGCUGUUCAUCAUCACCUCCCUGAUUUGUGUGAUCGGCGGAGCCGGAGACGGAGCGCGCAUCGCAGGGGGGGUGUUUGGACUUAUCGCUGGCAUUCUGUUUGGUUAUGAUACCUACACAAUUUUUGCAGAAAUCAAGAGCACCCGAGGGCAGUCUGCCGUUUCCACAGAUGCUUGAACACUAUUAUAACAGCAACAGCACCCGCUUGGGAAGACUUGGGGAAGAAACAAGGGAUUGAAACAUGGCAAACUAAGAACGAUGAGGUCAAUGUUGUGGAGUUGUGAACGCUGCACAAUGUUCAAAACAUGACACAAACGAACUGAAAUAUCUGAGCUAGUUAAAGGGAGGCACUGUAUAUGAUAGCAAGUUGUAAUUAUUCCUGCUUAAACCAAAGCACCACAAAUAUUUUGACAUGAUGUCGUCAGGCCUCUUUUUUAUAGCAAAUAUUUCAGCCUGUCGAAGCACUAACAUUUUAGGGUAUGACAAAACAGCUCGUUUUAACAUCACAGGACUAGGGACAUGACUAGGGAAUUCAGAAAGGAACGGACGAGACGGAUCAAGCUUUUAAAAUGCUCAGUCCGUCUUUUCCAAGUCAAAAAGGGAACAUCACACCAAGUAAGGGAACUGCAGAGAAGAAAUCUUGGUUCCAUUUAGGUUUGGAGCUGUGUUGAGUCUGUUUUU